GCCAUAGACAUAGCAUGGUACGGGGAUAACACUUUGUGUAGUGUCAGUUGCGCGCACACGCUUCGUAUCUUUUGGUUAGAUCGUACUAUAGCUCUGACACGUGCGUACGCGUAGGUGUUGCCCGUUUUUCUUUCGACGUGUUGAAAACGUCGUGCAUUUGCUUUUGCACCCUCGCACACGUUAAGAAUGACUCAUUAUUUUGUGCUACGUUCUUUCGAUCAGCUUUAGCUUGUCAACGUAGGGAAGGAAAAUAUAAGAAAGAAGGAAAAAGGGAGCGAGAGAGAGAGAGAGAGAGAGAGAGAGAGAGAGAAAGAAAGAAAGAAAAGAGAGGGGGGAGAGAGAGAGAGAGAGAUGCAUCCACAAUCCACGCCCCACAGUGACGUAUGAAAGAGUGGGGGUAAAGCGAGUACCGAAGAAAACAUCGAAGAUAACGCGCGUAUGCGGAAUUGGAAUGAAUAUUACAUUCGAUAUUUAUAAUAAGCAAGUAUAUAAGAUAUUAUAUACGCAUGAUACAACAUGCGUAGUCGGAUUAAAAGGGAAUUUGUCUUUGGAUACCGUUGUAAUGUUAUGUAACUUAAGCCCUUGCGUCAGAAUAUAGGGAAUCGUAAUAUUCAGAAAAAUUUCAACGCUCUAGACGGAUCUUACGAGGAUUAUUAUUUUUCUCUUGAACCGGAUCUAGACUCUCUUCCUUACGGCGUAAAAACAUCGAACGAAAGACGCGCUUUGAAUUCGUGAUUCACCGAAGUGUCGAGCGAGCGUGUAGGAAAAGUGAGAGUAAGAGAGAGAGACAGAGAGAGAGAGAGAGAGAGAGAGAGAGAGAGAGAGAAAACAGAUACUGCACAGAAAAGAGAAGAGAGGGAAGACAACGAGAGAUAGAGCACGCGUAUAUGCUUGAAAGAGUGAGAGAAUAAGAAAAGACGACCUUCGGAGUUGCCAUCAAAGAAAGACCAUUCUUCACGUUAUCGAUGGUACGAAAUUUAACAAUGGAUCAGGUAUUUAAUGAGGACACGACAGGCUCUUACGGAGUUAUAAAUCGUGAAAAUAACAUGGGUUUACGUAAACGUAAUCUCACGUUGGAUUUAAACAAUUGUCAGAGACAAGAGUUACAAGUUAAAAAACCAAGAUUGGGCCCGUUACCGACUACUUUUAAUAUUGCUCCGAUUUUAAGUUCCCCAGACUUGAAUAUGCUCAAAUUGGGAUCGCCGGAAUUGGAAAAGUUGAUAAUCGAACAACAGGAUGGCAAUGGUGCCGACUCCGAGGGCGUCGUCACAUCCUUGCCGACGCCAACGGCGCAAAUACUUUUUCCAAAAACGGUUACGGAAGCUCAAGAACUUUAUGCUCGUGGUUUUGUAGAUGCCCUAAACGAGCUACAUCACUCGGAUAGCUCCCAAGAACCUGGUAGCUUACAUGGAGCUACUUACACGACUUUGGAGCCACCCGGUAGUGUGCAAAGCAUCGGAACGGAGUCCUCGGUGAGUCAGGGUCUCAUGCAAAUAAAGGACGAACCACAAACGGUACCUAGCGUUUCUAGCUCGCCGCCUAUGUCACCGAUAGACAUGGAAAAUCAAGAAAGGAUCAAACUCGAAAGGAAGAGGCAACGAAAUCGCGUUGCCGCUUCCAAGUGUCGCAGGCGCAAACUCGAACGUAUUUCCAGGCUGGAGGACAAGGUCAAAGUUCUCAAGGGCGAGAACAGCGAAUUGAGCGCGGUCGUACACAAACUGCGGGAACACGUUUGCCGGCUUAAGGAACAGGUGAUGGAUCACGUACAAUCCGGUUGUCAAAUUAUGACAGUUUCGGAACAAUUUUAAGAAAGGGACGUGUUUAUAUAGAAACCGAUGCAAUAUAUAUAUAUAUAUAUAUAUACACACAUAUAUAUAUAUAUUUAUUUAUAUGUAUAUAUAUAUAUAUAUAUGGGAGAAAUGAGAAAAAUUGCGUGCUUAUAUAUAAUUAUUUUCACAGCUGAAAAUUAAUCAUGCGUUGCGAUCAUUUUUUUUUUUUUUUUUUUUUAAGAAACAAAGAAAAGAGAGAGUCGCGUUCGGGAGCUUUCCCCUUUGAUCUUUAUUAAUAUUGCAUUUAUAAUCUGUUUGCUUAUGCGAAUGACUAAAUGAUCCAUUUAAAUAAUAUAUAUAUAUAUAUAUUAUAAGUGUAAUAAUGAAUGGAAAUUUUUAUAUGCUAAAAUACGAUGUGCUUAAUAAGAAGCAACGAGACUUCCGAUACCUCAUAAAGAUUUAUAUUUUUGCGACUUAAGAGACUUUUACAAUUGUAGUCCAGAGAAAGUGAGAAGAAAGGAAUUCGAGGUCUUUUGUCUUGCUAAUGCGUGCCAUUAUAUACAGUGUGCCUUCUAUGCAUAUUAUUAUUGCAUAGUAAAGGGAUGAGAUUUCAAGACUGUUGUUGUUCAUUCGUGCUUUUUUAAUAUAUUGUGGAAUAUAUUACAUGUGUAAUAAUAUUAUUAUUAUAGAUAACGAUAUUUUAAAGCUUGAAAAUCAUCGACGAUGUAACACUUCUAAUCAAAUAAUGAAUAUAUUGAUUGUACAUCAAUUAAAUUUAACCAAGAAAAGCAAGAAAAGGAGGAAAGGAAAAAAGGAAAAAAAAAAAAAAGAGAAAAGAAAAAAAAAGAGGAAGAAAAAAAUGAUGGUACUAUAAAAGAUGAAAGUAACAAAUUAAUUGUGAUUUAGUAAAUAAGCUAAAAACCCAAUGUUCAAAAUUGGGACAUAGAAGUAUGGUGCUGAAACGAUUAAAGCAUUUGCAACAAAACAAUAAUGAAUAAAAUAUAGUUAUCGAAAUAUA